GCAGUUCCCCCUGUACAGGAAAGUGGGACGAUCCAGUCAAGUUCUCACUUGACUUCAUUCAGAGUUCAUUCAGUUCAGACUAGAAGCUCGUUGUUGUUUGAAUCUUGCUACCCCAUUGAAUGAAAACAAACGAUGAUGUCAACGAACAUUUAAGCUCUGCGAAACUUCCUCAAGCUCUAGAAAUAUGAACGCGGAAGGUGUUUACAAGCGCACGCACAAAACGUGAGGAGGCGCGAUGGAUGCAAAGGACAGAGAGCGGCUGCGGACACGGAACGCUUGCAAAAGAACCGAAAGCGCCAGUGUCCUGCGCUCGCUCAGCGUCGACAACAUAAACGACAAUGAGGCAAUGGCAGGCGUCUCGGACCUGGUUAAACAUGGCAGUCUUGAACAGCGACUCAUCGCCCCGAGGUACAGCUUGCUCCGUGAAGUUGGCAGGGGCAGUUAUGGCGUUGUGUACGAAGCCGUUGCCCGUAAAUCAGGUGCAAGAGUGGCGGUGAAGAAGCUGCGCUGUGACGCGCCUGAGAACGUGGAGUUGGCGCUGGCGGAGUUUUGGGCUUUGACCAGUCUGGAGAAACGCCAUGAGAAUGUGGUGCAGCUGGAGGAGUGUGUGCUUCAAAGGAACGGGAUGGCCCAGAAAAUGAGCCAUGGUAAUACGCGUUCAAAGCAGUAUUUGAGGUUGGUCGAGACCUCAUUGAAAGGUGAGCGUGUAUUGUCGUGUCCUGAUGAGCCCUGCUACCUGUGGUUUGUUAUGGAGUUUUGCGAGGGAGGGGAUCUGAAUCAAUUCAUCUUGUCGCGACGGCCCGAUCCCCGUACCAACGCCAGCUUCAUGAUGCAGCUGAGUAGCGCUGUGGCGUUCCUGCAUGAAAACAACAUUGUUCACAGAGACCUUAAACCAGAUAAUAUCCUCAUCUCGGAGCGUUCUGGCGCACCUGUGUUGAAAGUAGCCGAUUUCGGACUGAGCAAAGUGUGUGCUGGUCUGAGUGCCGGAGUACGAGACUCAGAGGAGGGACGGGAUAAAAUCAAGAACAGUGUUAACAUCAACAAGUUCUGGCUCUCAUCGGCAUGCGGCUCAGACUUUUACAUGGCACCAGAGGUUUGGGAAGGACAUUACACAGCCAAAGCAGACAUUUUUGCUGUAGGCAUUAUCAUCUGGGCCAUGAUAGAGAGAAUCACAUUCAUUGACGCCGAGUCAAAACGGGAGCUUCUCGGGACGUAUGUGCGGCAAGGUUCGGAUAUCGUCCCAGUUGGAGAGGCUCUUUUGGAGAACCCAAAGAUGGUGCUGAGUAUUCCCCAGCGCAGGCGCUCGCACAUGCCUGAGGCACUCCGGAAACUUUUGCAGGACAUGCUGGCCGUCAAUCCUCAGGACCGACCAGACGCACUAGAACUGCACAGCAGGAUGGGACAGGUCACUUGCGCAGCAUGAACUCUGACCUGAAUGCACACACAGGUUUUCCCUUUCCAUAACAGACCAGAAGGGACCGCAUUGCUUGGAAAACUGUGAAUCCUCCAUUGCUGAUUUAAUGUGAAGAGUACAAAGUACUCAACAUGAACACCAAUACAAAGUUUGCCACAAAGAGAUUUCCAACUGACCGUUCACUUUUUUUUUUGUUUACAUUAGUAAUUUAAACGAAUCAUUCAGUUAUCCCAGAAGUGUUCAGCCUAAAUCAAUCAUCAGUUAUGUCACUCAGAGUGAAGUAUAGCUAAAAAUGAUGUUACGAUGCAGUGAGUACAAUCAAGCUAAAUCAAGCAAGGUCUUUAAUAGUCUUACUGAGGGACUGGGACUUUAAAAUUCUGUUCUCAGAGCCUCCCUGCUCGCUCAUCCCCUCAAAACAAUCAUAUGCCAUAAAAACAGACCAUGAGGAAAGUAUUUCAGUUAUUUUAUUCAGUUUUAUGAGCAGUAAAGCUUUCAGUUUUAGUUUACAAAU